CUUUGUCCAAUCUGCAGCUCCAACCUACCAUCUUGAGAAGUGUGUGUGAAGGCUCAGUUGGUGCGGAGUCAUGAGAGUGUUUGUAAACAACACAUUUAGAAGGAAACUGGAGUCUGAGCCCUGCCUUCAUACAUCUUUGAGUACCAUCAUAUCCUCCAUUAUUGUGGGAUGUGAAGGAUGUCACAACUCGUAUGGUUUGAUUUCAUUCAGUGGACGGGAUGGCACAAGUGAUUCAUUCCUAACAGUCAUUCUGUGAAACACGUUUUAGCCAGAGGGCUUUAAAUAGACCUUCCUUUUUAUCUUUGCACUUUACCGCUCACGGGAUAAGUCAGGAUGCCUUGGCCAUUUUCCGAGUCCAUUAAAAAGCGGGCCUGUCGUUACCUCUUGCAUCGGUACCUUGGCAACUUCCUGCAGGAAAAAUUAAGUUUGGAUCAGCUUAGUUUAGAUCUCUACCAAGGCACUGGAUCACUGGGACAAGUUCCCCUGGAUAAGUGGUCACUCAAUGAGCUCCUAGAGACGGCAGAUGCUCCCUUUGAGAUUAUUGCGGGCUUCAUCCAGACGAUCUCACUAACCGUACCAUGGGCUACCUUGCUGCAUGAGAACUGUGCUCUUGAGGUCAAAGGUUUGGAGAUGGUGUUUAGACCAAGGCCAAGAGUAGCAUCUGGCACUGAGCCCAUGUACUGGUCCAGUUUCAUGACGAGCAGCAUGCAGCUCGCCAAAGAGUGUCUGAGCCAGAAGCUCACCGAUGAUACGGGAGAGAGCUUUCAGCCAUUUGAGGGACUAGAGAAGUUUGCUGAAACGAUAGAAACCGUUCUCAGAAGAGUCAAAGUGACAUUUCUGGAUACUGUUCUGAGGGUUGAACAUGUUCCAGAAAAUUCCAAAACUGGAAUUGCUCUUGAGGUUCGAAUAAACAAGAUUUUUUAUUCCGAUGAAACUGGGGAGGAGAGCUCAAAUGUGAACGUGCAUCAACCAAUCACAUUUGCGCACAAAAAGCUACAGAUGGAAGGCAUCACUGUAUUUUGGGAUGAGUUCACUGAUUUUAAAUCUUCACCACUUCCAACGGAAACUGAGCCAAAACUCUCUCCCAGCUGGAAUCCUAAAAUCAUUUGCGAACCUCAUCCACAGUUCACAGAGACUGUAUCCUCGACAGUACCCUUUCAACCUGUGCAGGUUGGGAGUCUCGGCGGUAAAAUUGAACUGUCCCUCACAUUGAAAAACAAUCUAGCCAUGCCUGGAGCAAAGCUGGAUGUUGCCGGCCACGUUGACACACUGCUCAUUUUGCUCUCACCGCGCCAAGUCCAUCUACUUCUCGACUUGUUUGGAGCGUUUUCCUUUGAACGUGCACAGGAAUGGGCCAAGGACAAAAAGAGUCGACCAAUGCAGCAAGAGGAUGAGUACCGACUCCACAUGGAAUUAAACCGCUGUCUGAAGAAGGAUACCGGAAUGGCAGGAGCAGAGGCAGAACUUUUUGAGAGCCAGACGACUCGUACUGUCUCUAGUCGAGAUGACGUCUUCUUCUCCAUGGCUGACAUGGACAUGUCCCACAGCUUGUCAUCCCUCCCUCCUUUGGGGGAACCACCCACUGUGGAUUUGGAUUUGUCACUCAAUAGUAACUACUCCGCUUCUCCGGGAGAAUCGCCGUCGGGAAACAAAACUGCUUUGUGGGACGAUUACAUGGACGUACCACGACAAAGAGAGAAGCAGAUACCUGGAAAGUCUCGCGACGCUCAACUCCCUCAAACGUUAUUGCGACAAGCUUCACAUCCGUCCAAAACCCACAGUGACGAGUCAAGACCAGAGUUGGUUUUAAGUCUGACACUGAGCAGUUUGGCAAUCUCAGUCCUCCACAUUGACCCGUUACCACCACUAGAUGUGUCUCCGGGUCCGCUGGACCCUAUGACUGCACAUUUCUUCAGCGUGCUGGGGCCGAGUCACCUCGACCCAGCUGCUUUCCUUCAGUCUCGAUCAGUUUUUAAUCACGCAUGUCCCCAAGAUCACCUUAGGUUUGUAGGCCAGGGUCUGAAGAUAAUCUAUGAGCACUGUCAGGGAUCCAGCCUGCGGACUUUCAGCACCGACAUCUCCCUUGACCAAAUGGAGCUGCUGGAGUGUCUGUUCCCUUCAGAGCCCAACACGUCUGGCUCUCAGAGAGGCAUUCAAUACACUGAGCUCCUGACGUUUAGCACUGCAGCCAGCGGCAGCGCACCACUUAGUACCUGCUUUCACCUGCUUUACAAACAGGCCGAGCGCAGAGGGCCCCAGGGUGGCCAAGUGCGACUCAGCACCAUCCCCAGAAAAGCUGAUGUCCUGGUCGAACUGGGCUCCGUGCGCUCCGAGCUCGACAUCAGUAUCGUGGACCGUCUCAAUUCUGUACUGCAACCUCAGAAGCUGGCCACCACAGAGAUGAUGACCUCGCACAUGUACACGUCCUACAAUAAGCAUAUCAGCUUGCAUAAGGCCUUUGCAGAGGUUUUUCUCGACGACAGCCGCACCCCAUCCAGCUGUCACGUGUCACUGACCGUCAACGCACCAACAGUGGGCGUUGCGGUCCGGUUUCCCAUUCCCGAUCUGCGCUCCGAUCAGGAGAGAGGUCCCUGGUUUAAAAAGUCCUUGCAGAAAGAAGUCAUGUACCUGGAGCUGGAAGAACUGGAAUUUAAAACUGAAUUUAGGGCUGGGAGCACACCAGAUCAAACCAAGAUGGAGCUCACCUUCAGGGAGCUUAUUGGAAGGUUUCAGGAGGAGCUUGAUCAACCAGCCGCCAGGUUCCUCAGAGUUUCCCACACCAUGGACGGAGACAUGACAACAUCUGAGUGUGCGAAGUUCGAUUGGCCACGUGUCGUGUUGAAAGUGAACCCCACGGCGGUGCACUCGAUCCUUGAACGUGUGACGGUCGAGGAUGAAGAAGGGGCCGAGGACAAUUUCCUUGAGGAGGAAGAGGAGGGUGCUGCCCACUCACUGAAGGAUUUCUGUGACUUUGGGAAACCAGAGCCGUCACCCUUUUCUUCUCGGAGGGUUAUGUACGAGAACGAAGAGAUGGUCAUUCCCGGUGAUGUUGGCGAGAUGACCGAGUUCCAAGAGAAAACCAUGAACAACUCUCGUUUUGUCCUCGACCUGUGUUUCCCCAAUGUGCAAUUAUCUUUACCCAGCAAAGCUUUUUAUGAGAAGCUACACAAUAGAAUCAACAAUGACCUCCUGCUGUGGGAGCCCACUGCCCCUUCGCCUGUGGAAACGGUAGAUAGCAUGCCAUAUGGCGUUGGACUCUCUGUCGCCAGUCAGUUGAUCAACACUUACACGGAAGACAGCUUCACCCAAUUUCGCUCGACUGGACCUGAGGAAGAUACCAGUGGUUCCGAUGAGGAGUACAUGCACUACAACUCUGCUUCCUCUGACCGAGGAUUCAGGUCUCACAAGAAAAAAAAUCCCAAAGUUCAGAGUAAAAGCUCCCAAAGCCUGUUCUCUGUCAUUAUCAAUGUCAACCAUGGCUUGGUUGCGCUUCAAACUAACGCUAAGAAGGAGAAUAAAACACUACUGAAAAAUAAACAUGGGGAAUUCUGGCUGGAGGUGAAAAACGCUGUGCUGUUCAGUGUUACACAGCACCAAGGCUUUAAAGAUCAGCACUAUGUCUGCUUCCACACCACCAAUAGUUCCUUGUAUCACCAAGGAGUUGUAGAUGGAAGCCCCGCCUCCUCGGAUAUAAAGUUGCCAUUCAGGUCACAUCCACACUGGCUGGAACCAACCAUCUACCAAUCGGAGUCACCCUCGGAGAGAUCUUCAACGCCGUCAGAGGGUAUCGGCUUGGAGGCCCGCAGUAUGGUGUCCGUUGCCGUCAAGAUCUCGUCGCAAAAUGCCGAUCGCAGCUUCAAGGAAUUUUUGGUUGCUAUUGGAGUGAGAGGAGCAACAGUCCAGCACAGAAUGGUUCCUCCCAACCUGGGCUGGUAUGAUCAGAUGGUUGACUUUUUGAAUGUGUCCGAUGAGCCUGUUUUGGGUUACGCUCCUCCCACGUCUGUCAGCACCCUCCAUCUACAUUUGUGGAACUGCUCCCUGGACUACAGACCUUCUUAUUUACCUCUGAGAUCGUUGCUGGUGGUGGAAACCUUUAGCAUCUCCAGCAGCGUCUCUCUAGACAACUCCUCCUCAACGCUCAGGAUCAUUUUGGAUGAAGCCGCUCUGUUCCUCUCAGACAAGUGUAAUGCCGUUUCUGUCAAUUUAGCACGCGACUAUGUCCAAGUGGUAGACAUGGGAACUCUAGAACUGCGAAUCACUGCUGUCAAACCUGGCGUGGAUGGCAAACUGACUGAGCCGAGAUUUGAGCUUCGAUGCUCCAGUGACGUCAUCCACAUCAGAACAUGCGCCGACUCCUGUGCUGCCCUCAUGAACCUAAUCCAGUACAUUGCCAGCUAUGGAGAUUUGCUUCCUCCUGCAGAGCCAGAGGCCAAGCAAAGCAGUUCCACACAAAAAAACAAGGCAGAGUUUCCCAGCCGGCUCGUCGCUCAGACUCCGCUGCUAGCUGAGACCGAGCAGCAGAUUUUGCAGGAUCUGAUGAGUGAAGCGAUGGAGGAGACUGAUGUGCAGCAUGCUCCCGGGCUGCAACAGAACGGUGCCCGGGAGGAGAGGAAUCGCAAUUUUGAGCCCCCUCGCUCUGACUUGUUCCUGUUCCCAGAUGAGAGUGGGAAUUCUGUCCAUGAUGCCAGCCCCACCUGCCCCAUUCUUCACUCUCCUCUCAUCACGCCUGUUUCCAACCUGGCACAGGAGACUGACGACUUCUGUAUUCUGGAGACGCCCAGUUCCAGAUUGCAGGAUGUGGAUCAGGAGCCCGUCGUAAAGGUGCUCACCUCCGAGCCGGUGCAAAUUCGCUACGAUCACUUCAAUCAACCUCUGGAUGGAAGCGAUUCCAGUCGCGGCGCCUUGAAUUUUCCCAUCCCGGAGGUGCGUUACCUCAUCAAGGAGAUCUCCAUUGUGUGGCACCUCUAUGGUGGCAAAGAUUUUGGCCGUGUUACCUUCACAGCUUCCCCUGCCAGAAGUCGGGGUACUACUCCCCACAGUUCCCCCUCCCAAACACCAGUUCGACAAGCCAGAAUUUCAGGACGCACUGGAGGAGGAAAAGGAAGAAACCCCGAUGUCCUCAUGGAAAUACAACUCAGCAAAGUGAGAUUUCAACACGAGGUGUACCCACAAGAGCAGGAGGCUUCAGGAUCACCAGCAGAGCAGCCUGUAUCUCGCCAGGUGUUUGUUGUGCAAGAUUUGGAGAUCCGAGACAGACUGGCAAGCUCCCAGAUGAAUAAGUUCCUCUACUUGUACUCCAGUAAAGAAAUGCCCCGUAAGGCUCAUUCCAACAUGUUGACAGUUAAAGCGCUGCACAUGUGUCCUGAGUCCGGCCAGGCUCCACAAGAAUGCUGCUUAUGUGUUUCCCUGAUGCCUCUUCGCCUCAAUAUCGAUCAGGACGCACUCUUCUUCCUCAAAGACUUCUUCACUAGUCUUUCCACAGAAGUGGAGUUUUUCUCCCCACCUAGUCAAGAUGUGAGUGCGUCCGUGAAGAAAGCUUCUAUUCCUGAGAUCUCAUGCAGCUUCUCCAAGCAUGCUGCCACUAACCAGAUCCCAGCACCUAUCAUCUCUGUGCCCGCACAGAGACAUUUGAGUCAAAAUGGAUUCGCCGUGUGUAACCGGGAGGAUGUCGGGGACGGUGACGCAUCCGCCGCUUUGUUCUCCGACCAGCCCAUAUUCUUUAGGGAGUUCAGAUUCACCUCUGAAGUUCCUAUUCGCUUGGAUUAUCAUGGAAAACACGUCUCAUUGGAGCAGGGAACGUUUUCAGGCAUCAUUAUCGGCUUGACACAGCUCAACUGUUCAGAGCUCAAACUGAGACAGCUGUGCUACCGGCAAGGUUUAUUAGGUGUGGAUAAGCUCUUUUCCUACGCAAUUAAUGAGUGGCUUAACGACAUAAAGAAAAACCAGCUUCCAGGCCUGCUGGGCGGUGUGGGGCCCAUUCACUCGCUGGUCCAGCUGGUUCAGGGAUUCCGGGACUUGGUGUGGCUCCCAAUUGAGCAGUACAGGAAGGACGGUCGCAUUGUGCGUGGCUUUCAGCGUGGCACCGCCUCCUUUGGAACAUCCACAGCUAUGGCCGCCCUGGAGCUUACCAACAGGAUGGUGCGAACCAUUCAGGCUGCAGCGGAGACGGCCUAUGACAUGGUGUCUCCGGUGACAACCGAGAAAGACACAAAGAGGGUAAAACGGUUCUCGCACUACGGACUGGCUCAUCAGCCCGUUGACCUGAGAGAAGGUGUAGCCAAAGCCUAUACUGUAGUGAAAGAGGGAAUCACAGAUACAGCCCUGACCAUCUACGACACCGCCACCCGGGAACAUGAACAACGCGGCAUGACCGGAGCAGUGGGCGGGGUUCUCCGUCAGUUGCCGCCCGCAGUGGUCAAGCCCCUCAUCAUGGCCACGGAAGCCACCUCCAACGUCCUGGGUGGCAUGAGGAACCAGAUUCACCCCGAUGCCCGCCAGGAGGAGUCUCAAAAGUGGAGGCAAGGCGAGGAGUAAUGGAGGAGAACGUUUUCCCUGGUGUAAAUAAUGAUCAUCUCAUGACGGUUGAGCUCACUUGUUCCUUCAGCAGUGCCUUCACGAUCAUGCUUAUCAAACUCUGUUGAAGCAAAGGGACACAUUCAAGUCAUAUCUUUACUGGGUUAUGUCAACUUGUGAGGAAAAUGCAGCAUCUAAACAUAGAAUUAUUAGGAUGACAUGUUUACAAGUUGUUCCGUUAUUUUAGUCUGUGACCCUGGAUUGAAAGUACAUAUGUUGUACGUGGACUUUGGUAUUUACUGUAAAUAGUAUAAUUUGUACCAUUUCAUGCAAAUUUAUGAAAAGGAAUGUAGGAUGUGGUACAGUUAUGUGAAGUUACAGCACUUUGGAGGAACUUGAAGGGUUACUGCUUGUCUAAAAUGAUAAGGCACAGGAUAGGGGCAGCUUUUUAUUUUAUUUUUUGGUGGGUAAAUAUCCAGCCGUCAGGUUUCCAGUAGUAGCUGCUUUAACUGUUCAAACCAAAUUUGGAAAUGUCUUCAAUUGUCUUGAUCCAAAGUCUUAACAUAUUGCUCUAUUUUUUAGGUCUUUGAAUUCUGUAUUUUCUCCCCAUGCCAUGGGCUGCACUUGAUUUAUUUGAAAGUAACUAUUGUACAUAUAUGUACAGUUCAUUCUUGACUUUGUAUUAAAAAGCAUGAAUGGAAAAUUAAAA